AUGUCCGAGGUUCUCACUAUUACCCAACCCACUCAACCCGAUAUUCAAUAUCAUCCCGACUACGAGAAAUACCUCGCACGCGGUGAACGGCGCAAAGCAACCGAAACCCUGCCCAAGACUCUUCCAGCCGGGUUCCCUGCGCAGCUGUCUUCGCCCUUGGUCUGGGAGGGAAAGGACGUUGAAAAACGAGAUGAUUGGAUUUUUAAGCUGAAUGAUGCGCAGAGGGAGGAGAUUCAUGCUGCCUUGGAGCAUUUCAAAUCCCUCAAGCUCAGUCUAGGAUACGUCAACCAAGACACCUUCCCUCUACCCAACCUCCGCCCCGAGCUACGCAGCCUCUCCCAAGAACUCCACGCCGGACGCGGAUUCUUCGUGCUUCGGGGUCUGGACCUCGAUCGGUACUCGCGCGAAGACAACAUCAUCAUCUACAGCGGCGUCUCAUCGCAUGUGGGAAACAUCCGGGGUCGUCAGGAAGAUCAGCGCUUCAGCAACGGCACCUCGGUCGUGAUCUCCCAUAUUAAAGACAUCUCGCGUGUCGCGCAGGCCGGGACCAUAGGAGCUCCGUCGAACACCAACGACAAGCAGGUCUUCCAUACUGACUCGGGCGACAUUAUCUCAUUAUUGUGCCUGAGUCCCGCCGCGGAGGGCGGAGAAAGUCAGAUUUCCAGUAGCUGGUUUGUCUACAACAUUCUGGCCAAGGAAAGACCCGAUCUGAUCCAUACCUUGUCGCAAGAUUGGCCGAUAGAUGGCUUCGGCAACCCGAACCGCCCGUAUACUACCCGACCUUUGCUCUAUCAUCAGCCGGCGACCGGAUCGACAGAGGAGCGCGUGCUGAUCCAGUACGCCCGUCGCUAUUUCACCGGAUUCCUGGCCCAGCCGCGGUCGACCAAUAUUCCGCCGAUCAGCGAGGGGCAGGCCGAGGCCCUGGACGCGCUGCACUUCCUGGCGGAGCGACAUAGCGCGGCGUUGGACUUUCAAAAGGGGGACGUGCAGUACAUCAACAAUUUGAGCAUCUUCCAUGCUCGGAAGGGCUUCCGCGACGGGCCCGGCAAGGAACGCCAUCUUUUGCGACUUUGGUUGAGGGACCCCGAGAAUGCCUGGGAGACGCCGGAGCCGCUGCGCAACCGGUGGGAUAACGUGUAUAAGGAUGUGAAGGAGGAAGAGCAGGUGUUUCCCCUGGAGCCGAAGUUGCGCAAGACGGUGGGAUCUUAG